GAUGAGGAGAGGGAGUUUGAGUUGGAGAAAGCGCCGGUGUAUUUCCACUGGCUGCGUUGAAGGGGAGGGUCUUCAUUACCCCCUGACCGAGACUGAAUGCUUUCAGUACAGUAGAGCCGGAGACAGACGCCACAUCGGCCAAAAACAGACGCGCAUCACGACACGCGACAGGAAAACAGGACGCCGGUGGAUGCUUGGAGAGUAACGAAGGCAUCCCGACCGCAUUCAUAACGCGACGCGGAUAUGAGGUACUACUAAUGCCUAUGAUUAUUCUCCAUCACCGCUGGAACAACAUUAUGAGCAAAUAAUGCAAUAAGGAUGUAUCAAUCGAUACUGAUGCGCGUACGAACGGACGGACAUGUUAUUAUAAACAUCUGAGGUGUUUAUUUCUGAGGACUGAGGGGAGAUUCUGCGCACUGCAGUAACGCUACGUUCAGCAAUGCACGCGAUUGGACUGUGGAUGUGAUGGAUAUUGAAUGUUUGCUGGCAGACGAGGAGAUCACAUUUGUGUUUUCAGUGAGAGCAAAGUUUGCUUGCACGAAGACAUAAUUUGGACUGACAGUGUUUGUGUGCUCAUUCAGUGUGCUCGAGUGGAUCAAAACCACUCUAUUUUUCCCAACAGAUGAGAAGCAACCAGUUCUUACAACUUCAGUUGCCUGCUUUGGGGGAAAAGAAUGGUGUUUAUGAUAGAAAUCUCAAAACCUAUCGGAAUCAUCCUACUAAAAUAAUCACCCAGCCUGGAAUCGUAAUGAAAGUGCUGCGGAGGAAAAGAAUCAUAUUGUUUAUAGCCUAUUUUCUGCUGCUAGUUCUCACAAUGCUCAACUUGGCUAACUAUAGGUGGACUAAAGAGCCUCAACAGUGUAACGUCCAGAUGAGAAGCACUCCUUAUCAGGGAAGAUCAGACAUGCGAUUCCUUUACAGGCCAUCGCUUGCUAAGAAGAGACAGCUUGUGUAUGUUUUGACCACAUGGAGGUCCGGCUCGUCGUUUUUCGGAGAGUUAUUUAAUCAACACCCUGAGGUAUUCUUUCUUUAUGAACCGAUGUGGCACAUCUGGCAGAAACUGUACCCGGGUGAUGCUGUGUCCUUACAGGGUGCAGCAAGGGACAUGCUGAGCUCGCUGUACCGCUGUGAUCUUUCAGUCUUUCAGCUGUACAACAGCCCUGGGGGAAAAAACUUCACCUCGCUUGGACUUUUUGGUGCCACUCUUAAUAAAGUCAUCUGCUCGUACCCUCUUUGCUCUGCUUACAGAAAAGAUGUGGUCGGCAUGGUGGAUGACAAAGUGUGCAAAAAGUGUCCUCCUCAAAGCCUUAGGCUUUUAGAGGAAGAAUGCCUUAAGUACAACACUAUAGUCAUUAAAGGCGUGCGGGUUCUGGACGUCAAUGUUUUGGCGCCACUGAUGGAGGAUCCAUCUCUGGAUCUGAAGGUGAUUCACCUCAUGCGAGAUCCCAGAGCCGUCGCCAACUCCAGGAUCAAAUCAAGGCAUGGGUUGAUUCGUGAGAACUUACAGGUGGUCCGAAGCAGGGAUCCCAAACUCCGUAGGAUACACUUUGUAGAUCCCGGCCACAAAAUCAGCAAAAAGGACGGUGCAGAUUAUCAUUCAGUUGGAGCCAUGGAGGUGAUUUGUGACCGGACAUACAGGAGCCUGAGAACUGCCUUAAAUCCGCCAGCCUGGCUGAAAGGGAAAUACCUAGCAGUGCGCUAUGAGGAUCUGGUGGACAACCCAGUCAAAACACUCCGGAAUGUUUAUCAAUUUGCCAAUAUCAGUGCCAAUCUUGACAUUGAGUCUUUCGCUCUUAAUAUGACGAACGGCACAAGUUCUUCCUCAAAGCCAUUUAUUGUUUCUGCCAGGAAUGCGACGCAGGCGGCCAGUGCGUGGAGAACUGUGUUGAGUAUUCAGCAGAUCAAGCAAGUAGAGGAGUACUGCCAUCAUGCCAUGGCAAUCCUGGGAUAUGAACAUGUUAGAACAGCCGGAGAAGCAAAAGACUUGAGUAAAUCUUUAUUGACUGCCUCCAAACUGUGACAGUUUUUUCACCAUUCAAAUGUUCACUUGAAACCAGUUUAGCAACUGCGGAGUUGUGCUUUUGAAUGAUUUCACGAUCUCAUUCUGGAAGCUUUUUUGUGGUCAUUCAACAGCACCGUUGCUUUUCCAAAUAGACCUGUAGAUGUUUGAUACAGGAGCAUCUGUGAACCACAAUUGGGAGAUUUAUAGUGUGCAAACCAAACGUUGCGUUGCUCUUUAUUUGUUCUUUCAAAAUGGAUGCUUAAGGUUGUUUGGAAUGUUCUAGAUCAGUUUUUACUUUCAAGUUAAUUUGCUGUGUACAAACAAAGAAAAUUAUGAAAAUGAGCAACAGAAUUACUGAUUAAGCAGAGUGCGGGUAACGCUAUUUCUUUAGAAUCAACUGAAAGACAAUCAUUACAUUUCACAAUCUCCACAUAACUUUAUGAAUGUCAGUGCUAUGUGUUAUGUAAGGCAUUUUCUCAUUUUACCAAAUAAAAAAGUUCAUCUUAA